UCUGCUGCUGCACCACGUUGCCUGCAUGCUGGACCCGCUCAGUCUGGGAUAGCGCACAAACACGAGGGGUUCAUUUCACGAAAGGUUCACUUUUUGUCAUUAGCAUAAGUCAACGCUCGUAAAGACCUCAGAGGCUGCAUCCAUCGGUGACUCAUUGCGCACGAUCAUUCAGUCACUCAGUGAGCCGGGGCGCUUGAAUUUUUGCGCUCUUCCGCGGAGGAUCGAUACCAAUAAAAAAAAAAAAAAAAAGACCCUUAUUCUCGUGGAAGGCGUGGCUUUUUUUUUUUUUUGUCACAGACACAUUUUGAUUUUCCAUAUUCAUUUCCAAGGUUUUUUCUCAUCUCGCUGGCACGGACGCACAAACGGCACCCCAAGGUGCGGGACAAAAAGCAUCUCUCAAGGAAACUGCACAGAGUGGCUGAUAUCUCGCAUCUGUUUCCAUCUUUGGAUUACAAGAAUAUUUAAAGACUAAAAGAGUGAAUCCAGUAUGGGAACUAACCCAAAAAGGACAGUGACAGUCCAGAUGGUGCCUCAGCUGGCCGUGGUGGACACGCUGGGCAACAAGGAGCCCAACGCCAACUGGACUAAAGAGCCCAACCUCAAACUGUCUCUGACUGCUUCUCCCACUAACACCCUAAAAACAGCUUCCACGGGGGGUGAACCAGUUAGCAGCACUGUGUCAGACAAACCAGCGACUUCUAAUGGAAACAAAACAGAAUCUGAAAAUGGGAAAAGUGGAGAAAAACAGAUACCUGACCUGUCUCUAGGUGGGGGUGAGUCCGGAGACGACCGGAGGGAUUCUAACGCCAAUAUGAAAAUGUUAAGCCCGACUGAUGAGAAGGAUAUCUGUAAGGGCGCUGUGUCGUCUGCUCUUUCGGCGUCAAAGGCCGACAUGCUUACCAAUGACUGCAGAAUAAAAGGGCUAAGUGCAGCUGAGGAGAACUGUGCACAGAUGACAUCCUCGACAAAUGCUCCAGCACAAGAGGAAAGAACAAAACAGGUUUCUCCAAAUAAAAACCUCAACAAUGCCUGUGAGUUAAGACAUAAUGCAGAAGAACCACAGCAGGAUACAAAAGGGAGUUUACCAGCUCAAAAAAACAAGGACACUGCUGUUCAACAGAAACCUAAAGAGACCGAUCAUCCACAUAUCUGCUCAAAAAGCUCUCUCAGUCCACAGCAGAUGUCUAAAACAAUACAAAGCACGGAAACAUCUGUAGCCCCGCUUAGUACAAACAAAGAUGCAGAAGCCAGAUUCUCGAACAAGAAUUCCACUGCAACACAUUCAGAGAAAGAGUUAACCCCGGCAAAGAAACCGCAAAUCUCCUCAGAUAAACAUCAGCAAGUGUCUUCACAGACAGCCUCCUCUGCUCUGCCUCAGGAUACAAAAAACAUGGCCGCACUCAGACAGGUGGCCGAAGAAUCAAGCCAGAAAAACACAGCUGUCUGUGAAGGACAGCAGCAGCCCUGCAAGCAGUACAGGGAAGCUGCUACGAUGACCUCAUCCCUGUCCCCGACCCCGGUCAAGCAGCGUCAAGAUAUGGAGGUUCAAGCAGUGGCAAAUACGUGCAGCAAGAGUGUGGCCACAAGUCCGAGCUUGCUGCCCUUCAAUGUGGCUCGCAGGCCGAGUGGUAGUGCAAGCGAAGAAGCGCAGACCCUGGCUGUAGUCUAUAAUGCUGAUGGAAAUGUGGGACUACAUCAUAUAAACAUGAGUAAUGUAUUAGCACUUCCAAACGAUUCCAGGUCAGAGAGAUUCACAGUGGAGGCAGAGAUGUGCCCAAACCAGAAUGCGAGUGUGGUCUUUAACUCGGAUGCUUUGUCGGACAAAAGGCUGGAAGCAAAGCCUAAAGACCCUGGGUCAUCUCUCUGCAACACUCAGCCCGUUUAUCAAAUCAACAUUGAACACAGCAACCUCAAGGAGCAAGGACAGAUAGGUAACUCCCAGAAUAAAGCAUCUGUAGUAAAAACAGCCUCUGCGGAAGAUCCUUCUCUCAAAGUGGGAGUGCCCCCAGAGACAGUCAGUGCUAUCAAGUCUGGACCUGCUGACAGAAACAAUGAAGCGCUGUCUCAGGCUGCUGUUUCAACCAAGCCCAACCAGGCCCUGCCAACCACAACAGCAACAACAACAAACACCACAUCAAAGUCAGCACCCGCUAAAAAUAAAGCUGGACGUCCUGAGGAAAAGGAAAAGGAUAAAGAUGGAGGUAAAAGCCGGGCGAAGGAGGGGAAAUCAAAGCAGAAGAUAAAACUGGAGAAAAAGGAGAAAGAGGAUGACCAGUCAGCGAACGAGAAAGGGAAGAGCGUGCAUGAUGUCGUCUGGGAUGAACAAGGGAUGACUUGGGAGGUGUAUGGGGCCUCUGUGGACCCAGAAUCUCUUGGUUUUGCCAUUCAGAGCCACCUGCAGUGCAAAAUCAAGGAGCAAGAGAGGAAACUGGUAGCCCGCACCUCGAUCAGGAAGUCGGUGUCUGGGGUCGACUCGCCGCAAAAAGGCAAGAAGAACAAAAGGAGGCAGCAGAACAUUUUCAGGUCAAUGCUGCGAAAUGUCAGACGACCCAACUGCUGCGUGCGCCCCCCUCCCUCCUCUGUCCUCGAGUAGUAAAGGCACAGAGGUAAACUACAGUAUGGGACUCCUCCCUUGUUUCCUAGAGGUCAAAAUGUUUCUCCCCCCCCCCCCCCCCCCUUUUACUUUCCCUCCCCCCUCAGAGAUUGCAAUGCCAAGGGCGAGGCGACCAUCCUUGUACGUAAGUAAACCGGUGAUGUAGCAUAAAGAGUCAAACUAUAUGUGAUGUUUGUGAUCAAAGAAGGUAGAAAAUAGACGUAUACAAUGUACAACUUAUUUUCUAGAGAUAGAUAUAAAAAGAGAGAGAAAAUACUUUUUUGUAAUAAUCGGCAAUAAUAAUAACGCAUGUAUAUUACAAAGGAAGGUGUAUGACUUUAAAUGAAGCUUAAACCUCUGCAGUGAAAGACACUUAUUAUGGGAUACAUGUACUAUUUACUGUCAGAAUAUUUGAGCGAAUAUAUUAAAAAGACAUCUCAUUUCAUUUAUUGUAUUUAGUAUGUUUUUUGAGGUGUUUUUCGGGGGAAUAUAUUUAUAAGAUUGCUGUAUUUUCUUUUGAUGCACCUUUAGCGAGUGAUUAUGUUGUGCAAAAAAGGGACAGUGUGCAUAAAAGCACUAUUUAAUCUCUGGUUUUCUAUUAAAACAAAGGAAAAACUAA